GAACAGAGUUCUCCUUCUCUCAUUGAUAGAACCAUCAAGAUGAGAAAAGAGACAGAAGCUAGAAAAGUGGUUUUAGCUUGGGGACUCCUAAAUGUUUCUGUGGCUGGCAUGAUAUAUACUGAAAUGACUGGGAAGUUGUUAAGCUCAUACUAUAAUAUUACAUACUGGCCCCUCUGGUAUAUUGAGCUUGCACUUGCAUUUCUCUUCAGCCUGAAUGCCUUAUUUGAUUUCUGGAGAUAUUUCAAAUACACUGUAGCACCUACAAGUCUGGUCAUCAGUCCUGUACAGCAAACACUUUUAGGAUUGAAAACAAGUUGUGUUGUGCAGACCACUCCUCCACGAGAACUAGUGGCAAACAAUAUCCCUCCAUCUACACCCUCUCCUCCAAUCCAGGGUCAGAGUGUGUUGAGUUAUAGCCCAUCUCGCUCUCCCAGCACAAGCCCCAAGUUUACUAUAUCAGGAUAUAGCCCUCAACUGCAAGGUCUCUCAUCUGGCGGCAGUAGUUCUUACAGCCCUGGAGUGACCUACUCACCUGGCAGUAGUUAUAGUAAGGUGUCUGGUUAUAGUCCUUCCCCUGGUUCUUCGCCAUAUCCUACAACCAUUGGUCCUGCAGAAAGCUGUGGGUUGAGAUCUCGGUACCGGGCCUCCCCAACUGUCUAUAACUCACCAACUGGCAAAGAGGACUACAUGACAGAUCUCAGAGCCCUGGACAAUUUUCUUCGAGGGGAAGAAGAGAAGCAGCAUAGGGUUCAGCUGGGAAGUACAGAUUCUACCUCACCUUCUAGCAGUCCUACUUUCUGGAACUAUAGUCGUUCCGUGGGUGAUUAUGCACAGACGCUAAAGAAAUUUCAAUACCAGCUGGCUUGCAGAUCUCAGGCCCCAUGUGCUAACAAGGAUGAGACUGAUCUUGGUUCUAAACAGGCGGCAGAAGAGGUGUGGGCAAGAGUGACUAUGAAUCGACAACUUCUUGAUCAUAUGGAUUCAUGGACUGCGAAGUUUAGAUAUUGGAUCAAUGAGACAAUAUUAGUGCCACUUGUUCAGGAAAUUGAUUCUGUCAGUACACAAAUGAGAAGAAUGGGCUGUCCAGAGCUACAGAUAGGAGAAGCUAGUAUUACUAGCUUGAAACAAGCUGCCCUGGUCAAAGCCCCACUCAUUCCAACUUUGAAUACUAUAGUGCAAUAUCUAGACCUUACACCAAACCAGGAAUACUUAUUUGAGAGAAUAAAAGAGCUCUCCCAAGGUGGAUGCAUGAGCUCAUUCCGAUGGAAUAGAGGUGGGGAUUUCAAAGCACGAAAAUGGGAUACAGACCUGCCCACUGAUUCUGCUAUCAUUAUGCAUGUAUUUUGCACUUACCUUGACUCUAGACUCCCUCCACAUCCUAAGUAUCCUGAUGGAAAAACAUUUACUUCUCAGCACUUUGUUCAGACACCCAAUAAACCAGAUAUUACAAAUGAAAACGUUUUUUGCAUCUACCAGAGCAACAUUAAUCCACCCCAUUAUGAGCUAAUUUACCAGCGUCACGUCUACAGUCUUCCAAAGGAUAGAAAUAACAUGUUCCAUACAUUACUAAUGUUCCUAUACAUCAUAAAGACCAAGGAAUCAGGAAUGCUUGGGAGGGUUAAUCUUGGCCUUUCAGGAGUGAAUAUUUUGUGGAUUUUUGGAGAAUAGCUCAUUUAACCUCUUGAUUUUGAGCUCCUUUAAUUUGACUGGGUCAAAUAAAAAUGUCACCCUUUUUGAAGAAAAGUCUAAGACUGUAACUAUUGUUACAGUCUGGAAAAGGACAUAUUCCACACUCCAAAAUGAAAGCUAGAAUAAGAAGCUGUUGUCAUUAUCUUCCUCAACGAAAAAGUCUUUUUUUUUGGCUUACAUGCAUUUCAGGUUUUUGUAAAUGUCUGCCAUGGAUAUUGCCCUCUAGAUUUUCUUUGAAGAAAGUGUGUUAUCUUUUUAAUAAACUAGGGUAGGUUUUGUU